AUGACUACUGUUGAAAAGAUCAAGGCUAUAGAAGAUGAGAUGGCCAAAACUCAGAAGAACAAGGCUACCUCAUUCCAUUUGGGACAACUCAAAGCUAAAUUGGCCAAACUUAGAAGAGAGUUAUUAUCAGACAGUGCCUCUAGUGGUGGAGGUGGCGGUCAAGGAUUUGAUGUUGCACGAACUGGUGUGGCAACAGUGGGCUUCGUGGGAUUCCCCUCUGUCGGAAAGUCUACACUCUUGUCCAAACUUACAGGGACGCAUUCGGAAGCUGCUGCGUAUGAAUUUACAACGCUCACAACUGUCCCUGGUGUUAUCAAGUAUAAAGGUGCCAAAAUCCAAAUGUUGGAUUUGCCAGGUAUUAUUGAAGGGGCGAAGGAUGGCAAAGGUCGAGGAAAGCAGGUCAUCGCCGUUGCACGGUCGGUGAAUCUUUUAUUUUUGGUACUCGAUGUGAACAAACCAUUACAUCAUAAACAAAUCAUCGAGAAAGAGUUGGAAGGAGUUGGAAUAAGGAUCAACAAAGAACCCCCGAACAUUGUGAUCAAUAAAAAGGAAAAGGGUGGUAUCAAUAUUACAACUACGGCCCCUUUGACCCAUCUAGAUAACGAUGAGAUCAAAGCUGUGAUGGCUGAAUACAAGAUAAACUCUGCAAACAUUGCCUUCAGAUGUGAUGCCACCGUGGACGACCUUAUUGAUACCAUAGAGGCGAAAUCACGCAGGUAUAUCCCUGCCAUUUACGUCUUAAACAAGAUAGAUUCAUUCUCAAUCGAGGAGCUUGACUUGUUGUAUAAGAUCCCAAAUGCUGUACCUAUACUGUCCGGCAGUGGUUGGAAUUUGGAUGAUCUUCUUGAAAUGAUGUGGAAUCGUUUAAAGCUUGUGCGCGUCUACACGAAGCCGAAGGGAAAGCUUCCUGACUUUAAUGAGCCUGUCGUUUUGAGAAAUGAUCGGUGCAGCGUGGAGGACUUUUGUAACUCGAUCCACAAAUCAUUGGUUGAAGAUUUUAAAAAUGCUGUUGUUUACGCGUUGAGAAAAGAAUUCUACCAGAGCAUACCAACGCUUGAGUUCCUCAAAAUCAUUCACAGAAUGUCGUUAAGUUCUGCAGACUUGAAUGGCUUGAAUGAGCUUUUAGGGGGCUUGAUGUCGAUUCAAAACGACCCUCGAAGAGCGGCAGAGGAAACUUUGGAGACAAGUUGGAGAGGCCCAGACAGAGUGGGUGUUCUUCUUUUAUAUUUGGCUACGAAUGCUGCAAAUGGCUCAGAUGAUACCGUUCGCUCUUUCUGUGCAAUUUUAUUCCGUCGUAUGGCUAUUCGCUCUCCAAAAGAUCUUGGAAGUGUGAUAGAUCGAACUAUAGGUGAAAUCGAUGAAUCUGUGAAGACGCAAAUAAGAGAAGUGCUUUUGAAGGGGUUUGUUUCACAACAGUCGGGAGCAGUAAGACGAAAGCUUGCAGAUGCUAUUGCUGAAGUCGCCCGUGAAGAUGCUUCACCUAGAGGAACCUGGCCCGAUCUAAUCCCAAACUUGUUCGACUGUGCGAGCAGUCAAGAGUCGAGUCUUCGAGAGUGCGCUUUUCGUGUAUUAUCUAGCUGCCCUGAGAUGAUUGAGGCAAAUUACGUUGACAGAAUUUUGCUUCUAUUUGAAGCUGGGUUUGAAGAUGGUGACGAUGAUGUCAGGAUCGCCGCUUGCACAGCAUUUGUUUCUUUUUUUAGAGAAUCCCCAAGAAACGUGUGGCUGGUGAUGAGUCCAUUGCUACCAAGUUUGUUGAACUCUUUACCAAGGUUCCUCGAGAAUGCCCAUGAUGAGGCACUUGCAAAUGUGUUGGAAAGUCUUGUUGAACUCGCGGAGAUGGCACCCAGAAUGUUCAAGGAUAUGUUUUCAACGAUCAUUGAAUUUUGCUCGACGGUGUGCAAGAAUAGAGAUUUGGAAGUGAAUGCAAGGCUUGGAGCUUUGGAACUCUUGACGACCUUCGCCGAAGUCUCACCUGCGAUGUGUAAGCUGACUUCAAGUUAUGCAAGUACAAUGGUUUUGAUAAAUCUAUCUCUCUUGACUGAAGUUAGCAUUGAUGAUGAAGAUGCAGCGGAGUGGAAUAACAAUGACAAUACGGAGGAUGAUGAAGAUGAACCCGAAUAUGAGGCAGCUAGACAAUCACUUGAUAGAAUUUCCUUAAGACUUGGGGGACAAGCGAUUGCAACUCAUUUGUUUCUGUUUGUGCCCUCCAUGUGUCAGUCUACAAGCUGGAGAGAAUGCUUCGCAGCUCUCAUGGCAUUGUCCGCGUGUGCUGAAGGCUGUGCGGACCUACUCAUUGCUGAAAUACCAAAGAUCUUAGAUCUAGUGUUACCAUGCAUCGAUCAUCCACAUUCAAGAGUUCAGUUUGCUUGCUGCAACGCUUUGGGCCAAAUUUCAACUGAUUUUGCUGGCGUAAUCCAACGAACUUCUGGAGAUAGAAUCCUUCCUGCUUUGAUUUCGAAACUCACAGAUAAAUCUGUUUUCAAAGUCCAAAAACAUGCCGCUGCUGCCUUAGUCAACUUCUGCGAGGCAGCAUCAAAUGACGUUUUGGAUCCAUUCUUGGAUAGUUUGUUGAAUAACUUAUUGGCGCUUUUGCAAUCACCAAAACGAUACGUUCAGGAGCAAGUUUUGACCACUAUCGCAAUAAUUGCAGAUGCGGCACAGAAAAAAUUCAUCAAGUAUCACGACACUCUCCUCCCCUUGUUAGUUAACUUCCUAAAGAGCGAUUUAGGCGAGGAAUACCGUUUACUAAAAGCUAAAUGUGUCGAGUGUGCUACACUUAUAUCUAGCGCUGUGGGCAAAGAAAUAUUCAGUCAACAUAGUGACAACUUGAUUGACAUCAUGAUUGUUCUUCAGGAGACAUGCACAGAUGUGGAUGAUCCACUCAAGUCAUUCUUGGAGCAAGGGUGGGGCAGAAUCUGUAAACUUAUCGGGAAAGAUUUUGUCAAGUACUUGCCUCUUGUUUUACCGCCUCUACUCCAGACUGCCAAAGCCGCGCAAGAUGUCUCAUUUUUGGAGGAAGAUGAAGCUGAAGAAUUCAACAACAGUGAGGAGUGGGAUGUCAUCAAUUUAUCCGGGAAGUUAAUUGCGGUGCACACUGCCGCUCUUGACGAUAAGGUUACGGCCUUGGACUUGCUUCGUAUCUACACUGUCCAGUUGAGGGAGGACUUUUUCCCCUGGGUUGGAGAGAUCGCACAAGAGAUCGCUUUACCGGCUUUGGACUUCUAUCUUCAUGAUGGAGUUAGAGCAUCGUCUUCCUUACUUCUUGCGUCGCUUUUUAAGAGCGUCGUAUACGCUACUGGUGCUCGAUCUCAAGAGACUUCAAGUAUGUGGGCACAAAUCUGUGUAAAAUUGAGCGAAGUUUUGAGAACGGAACCUGUCCCUGAGCUUCUCAUGGCGUAUUACACGUCUCUUGUGGAGUGUAUGGAAACGUUGGAUCCUGAAAUAUUGACUACUGCGCACCUUGAUUUCCUCGCUGAAGCUGUUCAUGCGAACCUCACUGAAAUCUAUGAAAGAAUUAAAAAUAGAGACGGCGAAGGCGAUCAAUUUACUGAGGAUGUGGAUGAUAGCGAGGAGGAAAUCACUGACGAGGAACUCCUCGACGAGCUUAAUCGGGUAAUUACAUGCUUGUUUAAAAUUGGGGGUACGAAGUUUGCUCCCUUUUAUGAGAAGCUUUUGGCUCCACUUGUGUCAAGUUUUAUUGUGGAUGAGAAUUCUUCUAUAAAAUUAUGUGGCUUGAGUGUUGUCUGCGAUAUUUUCAAAUACUAUUCGGAAUAUCCUGAUCUGUCAAACUACCUCAAGUAUAUAAUUACGGAAGGCUUGACCUCCCCCCAGGCUGAGAUCAGGCAAGGGUCAGCGCACGCAAUCGCAUUAGCUGCUCAGCAUGAAGGUUCUUUGUAUCCUUCAUUGUGUUUGGAGAGUCUACCAAUUCUCUUUCAAGUGGCCACUUUUCCUGAUGCGAAGGCGGAUGAGAACCUACCAGCGACUGAAAAUUGUGUAUACGCGAUUGCAAAGGUUUGCCAGGCUCAUGGUGCUGCUAUAGGCGAGUUUGAUCACGUCAUUUCACAGUGGUUGGCGCUAUUGCCCGUACUUUACGAUGAAGAAGCAGCCUCUUCUUGUUUUUCGUUCUUAUCGAUUCUCAUGCAGAAUGAGCAUCCUGCGGUUAAGGCACAAUCUCUGAAGGUGGUCGAAGCAAUUCUCCUUGCACUCUCUCAUAAAGCAAUACGCGGUAACACCGCCGAAGCAAUCAUCCAAGCUACAAGAGUGUUUUUGGGGAAAAUGCCACAUGAUGAUGCUGUUAAGAUUCUUCGAAAUUUCGCUGAUCAAGAAGUUAUCUCUAAGUACUUCACUGACUAG